UUCCGUUCUCGAUCUCCUUAUGGCUCAAGCAUCGGCCCGAACGCGCCGCGGAUGAGUUUUGGGCCGCAAAGGCUGCCGUAGAGGGGCGUGGUGACGGAGCCGCGAUUUCCCGGUUCACGUGCCUGCUGCCGCGGGGUCUUCUCAGACGCACCAUGGCUCAGCCGGGGACUCUCAACCUCAAUAACGAGGUUGUGAAGAUGAGAAAAGAAGUGAAGAGAAUCCGGGUGUUGGUUAUCCGAAAACUUGUCAGAAGUGUUGGCAGACUGAAGUCAAAAAAGGGUACCGAAGAUGCACUGUUAAAAAACCAGAGGCGGGCACAACGACUGCUUGAAGAAAUUCAUGCUAUGAAGGAAUUGAAACCUGAUGUAGUAACUAAAUCUGCGCUCGGUGAUGAUAUCAGCUUUGAAAAAAUCUGCAAAAAGCCUGAUUCCACUGCAGCUGAAAGAGCAGUUGCCAGACUAGCAAUGCAUCCUCUUCUGAAGAAAAAAAUAGAUGUGCUAAAAGCUGCUGUCAAAGCCUUUAAAGAUGCAAGACAAAAUGUUGUUGAAGUUAAAUCAUCAGAGACUGCUUUAGAAGAAAAUCAUUCCAAGGACACUUUGUGUUCAAAUGAUGAUGCCAGUAAGUUACAGCAUGAAGGAACUAUUAUCAGUGAGCAAAAAGAGAAAGAAGCCAAAAUAUUGGCAAAGAAACCAAUAAAUUCAAAAGAAAAAAGAACCAAGGUGGAACAUGGACCCAAUGCUGUAGACCUUCCCAAUUCUCCAUCAAAGCCUUCUGAAAGGGCUGGUAUAGUUUCUUGUGAGCCCCAGAAGAUACCUGCUGACCCAAAAAUGAAAACCUUAAGUAAAACCAAAAAAGGGAAAGAGUCCAGUAGCUCCCUUGAUGAUAACAGUGAUGGAGAAGAAUUGCAAGAAGAAGAAAAGGAGUAUUUUGAUGAUAGCACAGAGGAAAGGUUUUACAAACAGUCCUCCAUGUCUGAGGAGAGUGACAGUGGUGAUGACUUCUUCAUUGGGAAAGUCAGGAGGACACGAAAGAAGGAAAGUAGUUGCCAUUCUUCAGUUAAGGAACAAAAGCCUCCACAAAAAGUGUUACCUGAGGAAGAUAGACUCGAAACCCAUCAGAGUAUGAGAAAUGACAUAAACAAGCCAAGUACAGAAUCAAGGAAGUUUGAGUCUGUGUUUUUCCAUUCUUUAUCAGGAUCUAAAAAUUCUAGAAGAAAUUACAGAGAACAGGCUCCAAAAAACAAAACCCCAGGUUUUCAGCAGAAUGAACCUCAGCUCAAGAAUCUGUUUAAUAAGAGUACACAAAAAGGAUUUCCAGAUACAAAACAGCAAUCACAGCUGCCUCUUCAUCCUUCGUGGGAAGCAAGCAGGAGGCGAAAAGAACAGCAAUCUAAAAUUGCUGUGUUUCAGGGGAAAAAAAUUACAUUUGAUGAUUGAUUAGUAUAGUACCUCAUUUUGUGAACCAGCCCAUUAUUAAAGUUAUGUUUCCAUAAGCCUACUUCAAAUCAAGUAUUAAUAUACCCAUGCUGUUACCUGUGUGAAAGAAUUUUUAGAUUAUAGCUAUCUCAGAUUUCCUCAUUCUUGUUUAACAUGAAGGGUAUUUCACAGGUUUAACUCUGUCUUGCCUUGAAAAUAAAUUUUGAGAAGACACAUUAAAAUAAUAAUGGAAAAUAUGAGGAAAUUGUAGUAAUUUAAAAGAGAUCACCUUUGCUGAAAGUUAUUCUUAGCAAAACUAAGAUAGUAACUUUUAUAUGGGUAUAGAGAUAAUAAAUUAACAAAUAUUUUUAUUUUAUUUGUAAUUAUUUAUGGUCUACUUUUUGUCUAUCUUAAAAUAGAUGCCAGGCAGUUUUUGAUUUCAGAAUUAUGUCUCUGUCUUUUAGGCAACAUGCGGCAACAUGUAACAACACAACCAGUAAUUUGUUAUAAAUGUCACUGCAUAGAAAUAUUUAUUUAAAUCAAGAAUGUAUAACAUACAGUUACUUGACCAUGUACUUAUAGAAACAUUUUUUUGUGGAAUCAUGGAUUAGAAUUCAAAAGGGUGAACUCUGAAGGAGGUAUGAUUGAAGAAGCAUUUCCAGAUAACUGAAUGCUGUGAUGAGAUGACUCACUGAGGAAGGAAAUACCCUCUAUGGAGUACUGUUAUUUCAAAGGAAAAUGGGAUUUUAAAAAUCCUUGCAGAUGUUUCGCUUUCACUUCUCUGGAAGAAAUUAAGUGUUCUUGGUUAACUAAACAAAGAUAACUAAAUUCCAUCUUACUGUUAAUAGCAGGGAAACCCCCCUUGUUUGCAGGAAUUCAUAAGCUGUGGAGAGUCAUUUCUGUCAUUUUCAAGAGCUUCAGAAUAUAGAUAACCAGAGCAAUGGAAUUCAAGAGAUUAUACAGAAGAAAUUAUUUUUACUGUGUUGAAAGCAGAAUUUUUUUUCUACUUUUGUCUUUUAAAUUAUGCAAAAUUAAUUUCAAUUAAAUUUUAAUUAUGAAAAAUUAUUUACAGGAAAAGUGAAAGAAAAAUGGCUCCAUGGCUAUCCAGAUUUAGCCAGACUGCGAGGUUGAGAGCAGUGUCCUCCAGACCAAGUCUGGCCAAGGCUUCUUACCCUACUGCAUGGAGAUAGGGUCCAGCUACAGAGUUAGAAGAGCCCCCACAAGACCACUGUCACUUCUGACAGCAGCUGCAGGUUUGGAGAUGGAGUUGGUCAGGGGUGGGUUUCUCAAACACCCUCAGGUUCUCAAGUUUGCUAGAAAACCCCUGGAACUUACUGAAACCUACUUGGAAGUCAUUGUUUAUUACAGGGAAAGGGUACAAAUUAAAACCUGUCAAAGAGAUGCAUAGACCAUGGAGGCUUCUAACACAAAGCCUCUGUUGUCCUCGGGACGCCUUAACCAUCUGGCAUUGAUGUGCAUUGGGUAUUGCCAGUCUCAGAAGCUCACUGAAGUUUUGGUGUGCAGAUUUUUUGUUGUGGCUGCAGUAUGUAAGCAUCAGCAUACAUUUGAUUGCUCAAAUGAUUGUUCCACAUGACUGCUAACACGUGAUGACCUCAAGUCCCCCAUCCUCGGUUACAUGGUUUGUCUUUUUUAGUGUAGCUAGCUCCUGUCCUAAACAAACGUACUUCUAUCAGGUAUUACACAGAUGCCUCCAAGAAACCAAAGGCAAAGGCAGUUCUCUCUUUGGGCAAAGCCAAAUUCUUUAUCACACAAAAUCCUUCACCCAGGUUCUCCAGUCGAUAACAUUUUAUGGCAUUUGCUUUAUCCUCAGCUCUCAUCCUCCUACCUCUACCUUCCUCCUCCUCAUCCUCAUUCUCCUACUCUUCUCUUUUCCCCCUCUCUCUUUGCUGUUGUUUCUGUUGUAAUAUUGCGUAUGUCUUCUUACCAUGUUGAGGUUUUUCUUUACUUCCUUGAACAUAGGGAAUAUUAAUAGCUAUUUUAAUGACCUUGUCUGCAACCGUUUUCUAUUUGGGGCAGUUUUACCCUUAGGGUACAUUUGGCAAUGUCUGCAGACAUUGUGUGUCCUAUCUAGUGGAUAUAGGCCAGGGGUGCUAUUAAACAUUCUACAUUACAUACAACAAAGAAUUAAGUACAAAGGGUCUGCAAUGCCGAGAUUGGGAAAGCUUAGCCCAGGGCUCGUUUGAAUCCAGAGGCAUUACUGUUUUAAGCACUCGGCCUAAUGCUUUUUCUACUGUCAGAUCUUUCUGUUACAUCCAGUGAGAUGAGAAUACAAACUAUACCUGGCCCAGUGUCAGUUGCUUCACAAACUGCUUUCUAGUGAAUUUUUUCCCCUGGCCUUGGUAGAUGCCUCACACACAUUGCACAGAUCAGUCUUACGCCAUAGACUUAAAGGGGAUCCUUCCAAAGAUCACCAGAUCUCCAGCUUUUCUUUCUGUUCCUCUCAUCCUCUCUUACAUUUUGCCUCACAAAUUCUAGUCACAGUAGCCUAUGCAAACCCUAAACUCUGUCUCUUCAGGAAAGCCACGGAGUUACCUGGGAUUCCUUCCCUCUGUAGCAUAGUUUGGAAACUUCAUGCAGUAAGCUUAAAACACUCAACUGGUUUUCACUCUCUCAGGUAUUACUGUGCUCUACUGCUUUUUGUCCAUUGUCUGAAAACCUAAGUCAUAUUUUUAAUCCUUUGUUCUAGUUAUUUAAUCUAGAAUGGGAAAUCUAAUUCCUAUCACUAUAGAAGUAGAAAUCUAUUAUUUAUUUUGAUGCUCAGAUUGUCCUUAAUUUGGCCAGUGGGGGCCAACUCAAGCUGUGUCUUGUGUCCUUUUGCCAUCUAACAGUGAGAAAGAUGGUUCCCAUUAUCCACAGUAUGUUUACUUGUUUUCUCAACCCUAGAAUACCAGAAGUUAGUUUCAGAGUUUCUGACUGAUGCAGAAUACAAGUCUACUAGCUGAAGUUCAGUAUAUGUUUAAGAAUUCUUUUUUCUUUAGCUUGAGGACAUACUGUCUCAAAACUAAGUUUGAAAGUUACCUGGGGCGAUGUCAGCAAAAAUGGUGUAGUGAAGACGUAUAGAAAUUAUUUUCCCCAUAAAAAGCAGUGAGGAAACUGUCUAUAUUAUCACAAUCAACUUUUUUGGAACUCUGGAGUUAAGCACAGGUUUACUGCAAUCCAGGGAGUAUUUUUCAAGAAAAAGGGAUGAAUCGUGAUAAAAACAGUGAUCUUUGUCACAUUUUAACUUUCCCUACUUGCAUCUUUCACUCUUCAGAUCCAUGGUAGUUUUGAAAACCAGCAGCCCCAUAAUUACUGUGAAAACCAGCAGCCUGGCAGUCACUAGGAGAAGCAGAACAGGGUUGGAUCUUCAACAAUAUAUUCACUGAGAAUUAUCAUUAUGUGACCAAAGUGGUAGUUCACUGAAAGACCCCACUGGACUGAGAACUGGCUCAGUGUGAAAGCCUUUUCCUGAUACCACUUUUCAAAAACAAUCAGAGGUAAUUUUUUGGCAUCACAGUUGCUUGGGACAGUGACUAACAGUUGAGGCAAACAUUUGUCAAAAAGCUUAAAAGGGAAAAAUAAUAAAUAAAUAAAUGAAUGAAAUAAAAUUUAAAAAAAAGCUUAAAAGGAAAUCUGGGGAAUUCGGUAUCUUUAGGGAUUUUAGUAAGUUCUGAUAUAUAUUGGAAUUAAGCAAGUCAUGUAUGCUUGCAUAGUGCUGUGUGUAUGUUCAAGGAAGAGCUGAGAAGGCCCUAAAAUGUCACUUCAGCUGACCUUGAGGUUCUGCUCCAGCAGGAAAUGAAGGCUCAGGUGGAAUCAUCAACUUCCUGGCUAUGUUGAAGGUGUGCCAUAGCGCGCGCACGUGCAUGCAUGCGCACACAGUCUCAGAAAAAUCACAGAGGUGCUCUAGGCAUUUAAGGAAAUCCUGUCUUGUUAUUAGUGGGCCACUAAACUAAUGGAGCAGAAACUUGAAUGGCCACACACAACAAAGAAUAAAGACUUCAAAGUUCAAAACAGUGCACUAAACAAAAA